AUGAAUCAGCCUCGCACUAAAUUGACCCGGCGGAGAGGCGCAUGUGAAGAGUGCCGUCAGAAAAAAGUUAGAUGUGACGGAGCGAAUCCGUGUAACCACUGUCAACGGAACGAAUCUCGAUGCAAAUAUAAUAUACGUCACUCACGACGUCGUCUGCAAGAGAAAAGUACCCAGGGUCCUGACCACCAUGUUGCCACAACGACACAACCGUACGCAGUAGAUGGCAACGCGAUGCCCGAUUCAUCAAAUCAAGAUCGUUCUGAGAUUGUUACUGGUCAGGAUAUUGAAGGUUCAGCAAAUCCUCUCAACACGCCAUUUAGUGAAGAGUGUUUCUCGCAGUUGGUGUCUGACAGCGCGCACUCGUAUCUGGAUUUUGAUUUCCCGGAUGAAACAAUACUGAGCACCAACCAUAUCCAAAUCAUAGAUCAGCAAACAGACAGUUUUCACAACCAGAUACCGCACUACAUCUCCAGAAACAAUACGCCUAUGCUGGAUUGGCUCAUAACAGAUCACGAUGAACACCUGCAUCAGCACAGCACCGCCCAGUUUUGUGACACUGUAGAAACCGAGCAAGAAGACGGUGUCACUGAACGUACUCUUACGCUCUUCUCAGAACGGACAGUAGCCGAUAAGAAAAAGCUGCUUUCGAUCCACAAAACGUACAAAAUCAUUACUCUAUUCCAAAACGCGGAUGGAAGUAGCCGUAGAAGACAUUCACUUUUAGACAAAGUCAAAGUGCUUCUUUCUCCGGAGCACCAUACUUGUCUCUCUAAGCUCUUGCGCAAGAUUGACUUUGGUAAAAAACAUCAGAGUCUAGGCCUAAAUGACCUCCCUAUGGGAAAGCUCAUUCGAAGAGCAUUCAAAGAGCCAGGAGGGCUGAGUCUAUUUAUCAAGGAGCAUGAUGUCACGCGUAUACAAAAACUUUUUUUCGACCCAAAAAAACCCCCUAUAGAAGUUAGUGAUAUGUCACUCCUAAUUAUAUCACUGACUUGGGGUGCCUUGUUGGAGCCAGAGGUAAGGUCGGGCUCUAAAGUAGCGCUACUAGAUGCUAUGCUAGAAACUUCAAGUCUGCUACUUCGCCAGAAUAGUAGUAUCCGUAAGCUUCUAGCGCUUGUUGCUAUGCUCUGUCUUGCCGAAAAAACGGGAUCAGACAACCUACUUGCGCUUUUAACUGGCAGCAUUUCCACUGCGGCCUCCUUAGCUCUUCAUUUGGAACCCUCCCUACGCAAUUUCUGCGCUAGCGACGAGCAAGUCAUCCAGACUAAACGAGCUAUGUUGCUACUCUACUGCAUUGAUAAGUCUUAUGCAUUAAGGUGGCAAACCUUCUCUCUACUCAGCGACGGUGCGCUCCCGACUACGAAUCUAUCGGACAACGUACUUGAGAGUGGCUUUGCAACAACACAAUCCCUAGAGUGGUUACAGAUCCGGUUUGAAUACUCAAAGAUUUGCGAAAACAUCAUGCAAAUCAAAGUAGGCGCAGAGGCAAAGUCACCCGAAGAUCGCUCCAACAGGGCUGUGACACUUUCCACGGCGCUGGAAGAAUGGUAUAGGUCAGCCAGCAUUAGCCAGAUGAGGCUCUCUCUAGAUCACAACGAUGCUAUGCGAGUUAAGCUCCAGAUAUCUCACUAUUACUACGAGGCUCGAGUUGAGUUACUAAGUAUCAACUUACCGGAUCCACAACCUUCUUAUGUCACUGUGUCUCAGGAGUGUACACAACUACUUCGGCAAUCAACGAGGGAUAUAAUCACAUGUUCUAGCACGAUUCCAUCUGAAUUCCUACUUCAGGACUGCAACCAUCUAUAUAUUAACAAACUUGCUUUGUGUUUUCUUGCGCUGGACAUUCUCUUAGAGGUGAAUGGCAGUACUAGUAAGGGAAGCAGAGCUUUCCUCAGUAUUGUUGCUGGCUUUUUUGCUAGGAUGGGCGUCCUAUUGCCACAAGCUUCUGUCUUCGAGGAAGUCUCUGAUUUCAUCGAGACUCUCAUGUAUCUUUGAAUCUGCGAUAACUAGUACAACAGAAAAC